GCCUACCUGUCUCUGUUUUUGUCGUCCAUCUUUUGGUGUGCAUCGCCGGGUGGCCUUUGCUGGAGCCUAGGACCCACUAGGAAUAGCCUCCAGCACAGAAAUCUCUGCAGGCAAAUUACUCCUGAGCACAUUGCCGGACAAUCCUAUAACGAACAGCUAACCUCUCAGCAUCUGAUUCCCGAUCCUUUUCCGACAUGGCAGGUGUGACUACCUGUAUAAAAUAUUCAAUGUUUAUCUUCAACUUCUUUUUCUGGCUAUGUGGUAUUUUGAUCCUGGGAUUGGCAAUAUGGAUACGAGUAAGCAGAUCUGAGAUAGAGUUUCCCGAUGAUUACAAUACUUCUUAUAAUACUUCUGCAAAUAUCUUGAUCGGUGUGGGUACUAUCAUCGUGAUUCUGGGUUUCCUGGGAUUCUGUGGUACCUUGAGAGAGAGCCGCUGCAUGCUUCUGACUUUUUUCAUAGGCUUGCUUUUGGUCCUGCUCGUACAGAUGGUGGCAGGUAUUUUAGGAGUUACCUACAAAUUUCAGUAUGAGCAUGUCCUGAAUGAGACUCUCUAUAAAAAUGUAGACCUUUUGACUGAAGCAGGUGAAAAAGCAAAGUUACUCCAGAAAUCCCUGAUUAUAUUUCAGAAAAAGUACAAAUGCUGUGGUUUGAUCGAUGGAGCUUCUGACUGGGGAACUAAUUUUCUACAAAAUUCUGAGUCGUGUGAAUGUUCAGAUAUGACAGAUUCCGCAUGUGAAACAUAUGAAGGAAAACUAGUUUACAAACGGGCAUGCAUUGGUCUUAUAAAAGAAUUUAUUAGAAAGCAUAUCACGAUGGUUAUUGGAAUAACAUUUGGAGAGGCAGCCGUUGAGGUAUUUGGUCUGAUAUUUUCUAUGGUCCUGUUCUGCCGGAUUGGGAACAAGUUAAUCUGAGGAUAUGUCGAGCUAUCAUCAGUCAAGCUCCUUCAAAUGGUUGCUUUCUUUGCCUUUGUAACUUUAAACUUAUAUGAGUGCUGUCUAUGUUGGGAGCAGCUGUCUUAUUAAAAGUUCUUAUUUAGCUAGACUCUAGUUAUCUUCCAGACAUAUUGAAUAUAGUUAGGAUUUUAGUGAUGCUAGAAAAAUAAUAUGAAUGUGCAUUUUUACUCAAAAUAAAAGUGACAUUCUUUACA